AUGUCGAAGCCAAUGGAAAUACGUUUUCAUCCUACUGAUACGGAGCUAAUCAACUAUCUUAAGAGGUUCUUCAAAGGCGAAUUAUGUUUGAAUCAACAAUGUCCUAUCCAGUUUGCGGAUAUAUAUGGAGAUCAACCACCAUGGGAGAUAUUUGGAACUAAUUAUGAAGAGAAGUUUCGUUACUUUAUUACUCCUUUGAAGAAGCAAAAGACUGAAUAUAAAAGGUUUUCUCGAAUUUGUGCUAAAGGGACGUGGAAAGGGCAAACUGGGGAACAUCUUAUAAGGAGGAAUCGUGCGUCUAUGGUAGGGUUUAAGAGAAAUUUCAAGUUUGAAACAAGUGAGUGUGGCCAAAAUAAAACCUGGUUGAUGGUAGAAUAUCAUGUCGCGGAUAGUUUCUUUAAGGAAAAUAAUCAUAUUCUUAAAGAAGAUUUUGUAGUGUGUCGAAUAAAGAAGAAGAUGGAUAAAGAGAAGAACGUGGAUCAUGUUAUGGAGGCACAAGAUGGAGAUGUUGCGGGAAUCAUCGAUCCUAUGUUGCUUGAACCUAAUCAUAAUAACGACUACUCCACAACGGAAGAUCAAGUUAGGGUUUGUGAUGAAGAAGAUGCAGUUGAGGCUACAACUUCCGAAUAUGAUGUUCAAACCAGUACUUAUGAAGCUACUACAAUGGAGAAUAGAGAGACAACGUUGGAAGUACAAGAAGGCCACGGAGUUGAUGAUAUUAGAAGCAAUGAAUUUCAGGAAGAGAUGUAUAGAACGUUUGAGGACAUUCCUGUUGAUAUUCCUGACGAUUGGUUUCAGAAUUCAGUCGCUCUACAAGAUAUAUAA